CCAAAACAAAACAAACAACAGAAAACAUCACCACUCACUUAACCACGAAAUCCUAAUUAAUUUCCCACCAGCUUCCGAAAAUACGUCUGGCUAUUGUCGAGGCCUGGAUGCAAGAAGUUAACCACGCUCUUUUCUCUACAUCACCACUUUCUGUUCACGUUCAGGGGAUUCAGACUUGCCCCCAGCGCGGCGCAGUAACUCCUUACUCGCCAACGGCGUAUCCUCCAGCGAAACGGCGACGAGUCUUGGGAGAUUUACCAUCGGCGACUACCAAUCAACGGAUCAUGGCCACAGAACAAGACCCCGCCGAUGCGCCGACGCGGAAGCCUACUCGAAGAUCUCCGCGAACUCCCUCACCGACGAAAAGGCCUGCGGGAAAGCCUACACGAACCAGAUGCCCUGCAAGAUCCGGACGGAGGGACACACACAAUUCACUGUGGAGAAGACGUUGGGGAUGCGACCCCUCGCGCAGUGGCGCCAGCCCAAUCUCGACGGGCGAAUGCACUUGCCGUUCGCGAACGAUUCGCCCCUGCAGCUCCUCUGUACGAGACAUACUCGGACUCUCUCGCUCGAUCGGAACCGCCUGAAUCCUCCGUACAGUCUCGAAACACCUCCCAUACCUCCCAUUCCUCAACGUCCAAGCGAUCCAGCAGCCCUGUUAAGCGCACGGCGGGACUUCAAGACGUCGGGGCGGACAUUUACUACCGCGGCCUGUCCGACAGCGGGCGGGAACUCGGGAGCCGGAACCAGAACCUCCUACGCGAUUUGCGGGCUGCGGCUGAGGACAUGGGGGUGAUUCCCGCCGCUAUCGUGAAGCUCGUCGAUGACGAGAUCCAGAUUAGGGCCAACACGGUGGAUAAGGACGCCACAAGUCGCACCGACGGGGAUUUUUGCGAAGAACUGAGGGCGGUACGCAAGCUCAACUCGGCGUCGAAGAGGUGCGAGAGGAGAUUUGAGUCCGAGCCCGAGUGGAACGUCGCUGUCCACUCCGUCUUGCUGCGCUUAGCUUUGGGAGAUGACCCGAGUAUUCCCGUUGUCUUUCGAACCAUUACCAGCGUCAAGAUCCACCCGCAGUGGAUGCCGGCCCCCUCGUCCGGCCUCGUCACGCAGACCAAGAUGGCCGACUUCGCCAUCUGCCUGGGCGCAGACGACGACGACGACGACGACCCAGAUUCGGACGAGCCGCGCGACCUACGGAACCCGUACCGGGACCCUCUCUCGCGGCACGUCGUCGUCGUCAUCGCGGGCACGUCCUCGUCGGUCACUCGCGUCGAGACCAGGACCGACAGCAGGCCGAGGGAGGAGGCCCAGGUCCGGCUCGGGGCCUGGGUCUCGGCGCAGGCGCACCGCCUGCGCAGUCUCGCCGUCUCGGGCGGCGCAUCGCCCGACUCGGCCGUCGCGCUGCUGGAGGGGAUCGUCUUGCCGCUCCUGCAGGUCGAGUCGGCGGUGUGGACGGUCCUGUUUGCGCGGGUCACGAGGGUUGCUGGGAAUGAGCUGCAGCUGAGAAUUUAUUUGGGUUUGAAGUUGGGGGACACCAAAGUCCAUCCUGGGGACAUAUUGUCUUCUCAAAGCUAUUGGGAUAUUACAACACUGGGCGAACACGGAGUUUCGGGCGUGGUGGCAUGAACUGUUAGACCUUGCUGGGGAGGAUCGGCUUCCGGACGCUGAUGUCACAGGGUAACAGGAUAGUACAGACACAAUAACACACUGGCUUAUGUCGUCGUCCUGGCCAAGGGCCCUGGAUCUAAGAGGCUAUCGGGCCCGCCAUGUCGUUGGCUCAUACAGUCAUCCAUGGUUAACUUUGUACCGUAAGGGUAAAUGAUGAGGGAGUUUCGGCUACGGAUUGUCCAACGACACGGUGAUGUAAAGCCGCAAAUUAAGGCGUCAUUGAUGGUCAUUGAUAGUCAAUGCAACG